AUGCCGGGAAUUGUGUGGCAGAAUCUCGACGCGGUGACCAUGUCGCGCCUCGGCGUCGUCAUUAUACGCGAAGAAUUGGCCCGUCGACAGCUGGACCUCACAGGUUCGAAAGAGGAGCUCGUUCAGCGUUUGCAAGCCGACAUUCAGCAGCAGCGUGAAGUUACCCCCCCCCCCCCCCCCGGUGAAACGAAUGAAUCCGCCUCGAACGCUGCGGCGCCUUUGACGCUGGACCCAGCCACUCUACAGAGCCUCGCCAUGCUGUUCCAGCAGCUACCUCGCCCUGCAACAACGGUGACGACACUGCCAGACCUGUCAUCGUCCAUCCCGCAAUUCGCUGGUUUGCACAGCCACAGUGUCAAUACAUGGCUUGACGACGUACGACGAGUACAGCAGCUCGCCUCGUGGGACGACGCCACCACACGCCUGAUCGCAGCUAGUAAGCUGAAAGGCACGGCGCGAGACUGGCAUCUCGCGUUCGGCAACCAGUACAGCACCUGGGCCACGUGGAGUGCCGCCCUGAAGGACACAUUUUGUACAGAAUUGUCCCUCAUUGAGUGGCAAGAGCAGGCCAUGAGGGUAACCCAGGCCCCAUCCGAAAGCUUACAUCAAUAUGCCUUUGCCAAGUUGAAGAUCAUUGAGCGUUGCCCUGUUAACCUCUCUGAGGCCCAAAAGAUUGACUACCUGCUGCAUGGUUUACGGGAACAACACAUCCUCGCCGCCAUAGCAGCCAAUCGGCCGCCCACGGUAGCUGAGUUUAUUUCUACUUGCACCAGCCUCGACAAGAGUGCGCAACAUCUGCACGCCAAAGCAAGCCCGUCACCAUUUGCCGGUUCUGUUUUGCCGCCGUCGCAACCCUUUCGUGCCGCUAAGCCCGCAGAGCGCCAGCAGCCUCGCUCAGAACAAUCGACACCACAGUCCUCCCGAGGGGCCACACCAAAAACGCGCAUUUUAGAGCUGCCCGCUGAGCAACAAGAAGCUACUUAUGCAGCUAUUUCGGCACACCAGCUCGCCCUCACCCAGCCUCCCCUUUUGGCGCACUUCGACCCCAUGGCAACCACAACGCUAACCACAGACGGUUCGCAGGAAGCCAUUGGAGCAGUGUUAUCGCAAAUCCAAGACACCAGAGAAUGUGUCAUUGCCUACGCCAGCCGUGGACUUACGUUGGAGGAACGCAAACUGCACAGCAAUAGCAGCAACAGCCUCAACGGACCCAACGCACUUGAUGUCUACCGAGCCACCUCGACGACUUUGUGCUCGAGUGAAGUUGCAGCGUUCCCGCGCAUGCGUGUGGGUGUGGUAUCGCGCGUGUGA